AAUACACGUAUAAUGGUACUUACAUACAUUCUGUGGAUUGUUGCCUAUAGUUUUUGGGCUUCUUUACCUGCAACAGUUGUCCCUCUCCCUCACUGCACCUUGAGGCUUAGGUACACUUUCUGUGAUGCUGGUGCUGUAUUACGAACCCUUUGUGUUGACCCACAGAAAUAUUUCAAUCAAGGUGCCAGUAAGUUAUUUUUUCUGUUAUUUUUCACAUUCGUUUUCAUUUGUCUUUCAUACUGUGGGAUCUUGUUUUUUGUGAAAUUAUCAUCAAAUAAUGACAGAAUGAAAAUGGGAAGCACUCUUGUGAGUCACCUGAUUUGUGUAAUAUGUUUAUACUGUCCCAUUUUUAUCCUUGCUAUUUUGACCAGGUUUGGUGUGGUAUUAACUCUUGAAGAACGCCAAGGUUUAUCAAUUGGCACCAUCCUCGGUCCAUCUCUUGUAAAUCCCUUUGUGUAUUUUCUUAGGACAAAGGAAAUUAAAAAUAAGAUUUUUAAGAUACUUAGAAAGGUUAACACAGCUCGUUAGAGUCUUGUGAACUGUGAGUACACUUACUUUUAAAAU